UUUCAGAGCCAAAAUGGCACCAGUUUCCACAAGUUACUAGCAGUUAAUGACCAUGGAGCUGCCGGAGCCCAUCCGGCGACGUUUGGGGGACUUUUCUCGAACUGUAUUUAUCGACCAGAAUCGUAGUCCGCCCACUCCCGAAGAUCAUAUUAAGUUCUUAGGACACAGCAGCCAGCUGGUGUCCAGCCUCCCCCUCCAGAUGUCCCUCUUCUUCAACCUGUGCUUCUUCCCCGCCUGGUGGCUCAGCGAGGUGGCGAUGCUGCAGCUCAAGUAUCCUGCCCUUCCAGACUACUACAAGUUCAUACUUGUUACAAUACUCAUUCUGAUGACCCUCAUAGAAAUUAUCAGACUUUACCUGGGCUAUGCAGGCAAUCUACAGGAGAAGGUUCCAGAGCUUGCUGGUUUUUGGCUCCUCAGUAUCCUUCUGCAGUUUCCCCUCAUCUUAUUCCAACUGUUUAAUGAAGCCAUUCUCAUCCAGCCUCUGGAAAGAGGAGUUCACAUAGUGCUGGCCCUCUUCCUACUAGCAGAGUGUCUCACAGGGUUUGCAGCUCUCCGUACCAUGGUGAGACACAGCGAGAGUCAUUUCCACCUCACACAGUUUGAUGGGGUCCAGGAGUCGUUCCUGAACUGAUGGAUCCCCAGCUACCUGAAUGCUCUUCAGUAAUGCUCUAUUUCGGUGAUGGCUCUCUAAAACUACGUUACUGUGUUUUUUACAUGUACCAUAAUAGUGUA